AUGAGUUUUCCGCUUGAGCACUCGCGAGGUUACGAGCAGGAACGUGUUGAGUUCACCGUGGGUGACGACACGUACCUGAAUACGUAUAAACCUCAAAAAAAGCUGUGGACGCUGGUCCCAAAAAGGAUACUAGGAGGAGUCGCUGAGGAUCUUUCGGAUUUGAUCGUCACACACAAAAAAUUCACGCUAUUGGUGGCGGUUUUUCUAUUCCUUUCGUUUUUUACACUGAUGCCUUACGUGCCACAUUUGUUUAAUCAGGGAGAUCCCAAGGUAGUGAUCAUAUUGGCUGCCAAUGAGGGUGGAGGUGUUUUCAAGUGGAAAGGCCCUCAGGAAUGGUCAGUCGAGCGUUCGCUGAUUGCUAAUAAAAAGGCAUAUGCCAAGAGACACGGCUAUGGUCUCACUAUCAAGGACAUGACGCUGAAGAAGCGUUAUUCUCAUGAAUGGAGAGAACUGUGGGAAAAGGUGGAUUUGAUGAAACAGGCCAUGCGCCAGUUUCCCAACACUGAGUGGUUCUGGUGGAUUGAUUUGCAUACCUACAUCAUGGAGCCCCACAAGUCGUUGGAGCUGCACUUGCUUGACCGCUUGGACAAUGUGACUUACCGUACGUUGGACACGUUCAACCCUAUCAAUUUGAAGGUGCCCUUGCCGUACGUCGACUACACGGCGCCUGUGGAUAUGGUGAUCACGCAAGACUGUGGUGGCUUUAAUUUGGGCUCUUUCCUCAUGAGACGUUCAGAAUGGUCCGACAUGCUUCUAGAUAUUUGGUGGGACCCAGCCAUGUACGAGCAGAUGCACAUGCAAUGGGAACACAAGGAACAAGACUCGUUGGAGACGCUAUAUGAGACUCAGCCGUGGAUUCGUGAGCGUGUUGGCUUCGUCCCGUUGAGGGCUAUCAAUGCAUUUCCUCCAGGAGCCUGUGCCGACAAGGCGGACGAUCCUCAAUAUUUUUACCACCGUGGCGAUUUCCUCAUCAACAUGGCUGGUUGUGAGUUUGGAAGAGACUGCUGGGGUGAAAUGGAGCACUACAAGGCGCUCCUGCGGAAGCUACAGAAGUGGUGGAGAAUCUGGUAA